UUAUCAAAAGGAUACAUACAGCCACACCGGGUCAUUCUUACACUAGUCGGCAGAGGUAACUGUGAAAUAAUAAUGCCGUUCAUAAAUGUAGAAACCAAUUUACCUGCAAGCAAGUUUCCAGAAGACUUGCUGAAAAGACUCUGUACUACACUGGCUGCAGCUUUGGGGAAACCGGAAGACAGGAUGAAUCUGGUGGUGAAGACUGACUUGCCGAUGAUGAUCGCGGGGUCCAGCUCCCCGUGUUUGUUGAUGUCCUUGUCUGCCAUAGGAGUGACUGAUACAGCGGAGAAAAAUAAGGAGCAUAGCGCAAAAAUCUUCCAGUUUCUGAAAGGAGAGCUUGGGCUUAGCGAUGACCGUAUUUUGAUAUUGUUCUACCCUCUGGAGCCAUGGCAGAUUGGAAAGAAAGGAACAGUGAUGAGCUUCUUAUAAGACUUAAUAUUAUUUUAUAUGUAAUUCCUGUUUGGGAUUCAACUAACUGGACAUGCAUUGCUCCUGGGCAGUUUUGCUCUUAUAGGAAUACGAAUAUUUCCUGAUUUUCUUGAAUAGUAGACUGUGAUUUAACAAUAAUCACUUUACUAAAAUGAAUAUAAAAUGCAUUUAGCAUUUUGAUAGGAAAUCAAUAUAUUGGGUUUAAUGUGUCUAUUUUUAGACAAUAAGGAAAAUAAGUUGAUGAAGUUAUAUUUUAUAGUUAAUUGUAUGAAUUGCUCAGUGUUAAUCAAUUUCCCAGAGAACAUGGCAUAUUCAGACAAUCGGUUUACCUGUUAAACACAUCUACGGAUCAAAUCAACUUACAAAAGUCAUCGAGAUAUCCAUAACCAUGUAGUCAGCUGAGGACCAAAAGUGAAUUUUGAUUUACACACAUAUCAGUUCCAUAGCACAAAGUAUAAGUGCACACAAAAUGUCUUUUUAAUGAUUGUCUUCAAUCAUCAGCAGUGUUUGUCAAGUACGUGGAUUCAGAAAUGUGCUAAAAGUGAAAUGGAAAAACAAU